CGCCACUUCCGGCGCGCGCUUCAGCUUCCUAGAGGGCCUGGUGGCAGUUAGACUGACGGUGCCAUGCGGCAUUCGUCCGCUCUACAGUUCCCCGCGGCUGAGGUCCCUGCGCGUGGGCGGCGCGGUGCGGUCCUCCGGUGAGGCGUGCAGGCAGCGGACGGGGCCGGCGCGCCCUCCUCGAGCCUGUGCUCUGCCGACGGCGACCUCACGGCCUGCGGCUGCAGCCUGUACGCUCUUGGCCUCUCUCCAGAAUCAGUUUUGUUUGUUUUACGCCUGAAUUCCCGUCGGCUCUUGUUUCUCUCUGUUGCAACGUCUGCAGGCUGUCAGGAAAGUAGCACUGUAGCUGUGUCAGCGUGUUAUGAUGCCAUCCCGUACCAACCUGGCUACUGGAAUCCCCAGUAGUAAAGUAAAAUACUCAAGGCUCUCCAGCACAGACGAUGGCUACAUUGACCUGCAGUUUAAGAAGAGCCCUCCAAAGAUCCCUUACAAGGCCAUUGCACUUGCUACUGUGCUGUUUUUGAUUGGUGCCUUUCUUAUUAUUAUAGGCUCCCUCCUGCUGUCGGGCUACAUCAGCAAAGGGGGGGCAGACCGGGCCGUUCCAGUCCUGAUCAUUGGCAUUCUAGUGUUCCUGCCAGGAUUUUACCACCUGCGCAUUGCCUACUACGCAUCCAAAGGCUACCGCGGUUACUCCUACGAUGACAUUCCUGACUUCGAUGACUAGCGCCUCAGCACUAAGAAGAGUCACGGUGGAGCUGCACCCAGCUUUUACAAUACUGAGUGGAAACCAUGGCUAAGGGCUGAGAAAUUUUGUAGAUGUUUGACAACUCAGUGGCCAGAUUUUAUGAGCCCAUCCUGAAAAUGUUCACUGAGCUUACAAUUAGCUAAUUAGGACAUGCUCUCGUUGUCAUCUCCUGGCCCUGGCAAAAGCUCAAGUUUUUCCAUAUGAAUUGGUAGCAGGAAAGAAUAGCAUUGUUAAUUAUCUUGAAAAGCAGGAGGUGAAUCUGUGGGGAAAGUGGUAGUGGUGCCACUACUAUCCUCUUUAGAGCUGAGGAUUUCUUUUAAACGGUCUUUAUUGUCAGUUUGUCUUACAGCAAAUGGAAAUAUGCAAUAUGUCUAAUUUCCUUUACUAAGUCAAUUUUAAAAUGUUUCAGUACCUUCCCCCUGUGUAUAUCUCUGCACCUUUGUGUUUUAUGGGAGAUUGGGGUAAAAUCAAGCAUCAGUGUGGGACCUCCUGUAAUAUUUUUUACUUGCUUUGUUAUUGACAGCAACCAGGAUUUUUUUUUACACAUAGAGUGAGUUUUCAAAAUACAGACAUUGUCUCUGACAACCAGUCUUUGGCCAGCUCUGAUCUAGUUUACCCAUAGGAUUGCCAGCAGAUUAUUUGGGUCAUUUUGUCCUUUGUAAGUCAAGAUGUUCUAUAUGUCACUCCUUGAAGGACUGGACUGUGGGUAAGUUGUGCAGGAUUUAUAACUCAAUUCCAGUAUCCUGAUAAAGGCUGCAAGACUAGAUUGCUCUCUGGAAGCCUAGAUUGCCUUAGGUUGAUUCUGUUUCCUUACUCAAAAAAAGGGAUGCAUAUUCAAAAGAAAUUAAAAGGUCAAAACCCAAA